UACCCUUCAUACUGGCUGGACUAAGUGGCCAUCAGAGCAGUCGUGGAGGCUUAGUUUCUUUAUGGCUUUGUCUAAAGUGACCUUCUUCUGAGAGGCUGGGGAGACGUGGUGGGCCGUCUGAAGACGCAUAGAGCUGCAGGUGGCGUUCUGAGCACGAAAUACACUGGUCACGUGGUCUGCUCGGAUAGCAAACAUGGCGGCACCCAUUGCCGGGAAGUGGUCUUACAAAUCCGGUUGGCCUGUGUUACUCCAGAGGGGGACAUGGCGCCGGAUGUGCCCCCCACUCUCCCAGCAGCGCCCAGCUAGUCUGCAGUGCCCCCCACGCCGCUGCUUCUUCUGGAGGAAGUGGCGUAGCUCCCACAACGUGGUGCGCCCCGCUGUGGUGCGACCUGCCUACGCUGUGCCCAAACACAUCCAGAGGCCUGAAUAUGUGUCUUCCAGGUCAGUUCCUGAUUGGCCAGACUACAUUGAGAUUAAGGAUGAGGAGCAGAUUGAGGGUAUGAAGAGCGCCUGCCAACUCGCCAGACACAUACUGCUGCUGGCGGGAAGAAGUCUCAAGGUUGGCAUGACGACAGAUGAGGUAGAUUUCAUCGUCCAUCAGGAGGCCGUCCGGCACAAUGCAUACCCCUCCCCACUGCACUACGGGGGUUUCCCCAAAUCUGUCUGCACCUCUGUCAACAAUGUGGUGUGUCAUGGCAUACCAGACAGCCGUCGGCUUGAAGAUGGCGAUAUUAUCAACAUCGAUGUGACUGUUUACCUGGAGGGUUACCAUGGAGACACAUCAGAGACAUUUCUUAUUGGUUCCGUGGAUGAGGUGGGGAAGAAGCUGGUGGAUGUGGCAAGGCGUUGUCGUGACGAGGCCAUCGCCGCCUGCAGACCUGGUCAACCGCUUUGUGUCAUCGGCAACACAAUCAGUGACAUAGCUGGUACCCAUGGGUUUCGUGUAUGUCCCUACUUCAUUGGUCAUGGAAUCGGGUCCUUUUUUCACGGACACCCAGAGAUAUGGCACCAUGCAAAUGACAAUGACCUACAGAUGGAGGAGGGCAUGGCCUUCACCAUAGAACCCAUCCUGAUGGAAGGUUCCUCAGAGUUCCACAUCCUGAAGGACAAAUGGACCGCUGUCUCUGCGGACGAUAAAAGAUCAGCCCAGUUUGAGCACACUGUCGUCAUCACUUCUGAUGGUGUUGAAAUUCUCACCAAGCUUCCUGAAGAGGAUUGAUAUGUGUGUGUGUGUGUGUGUGUGUGUGUGUGUGUGCGUGCGUGCGCCAUUUGGGAGAACAGUUAUAGACUGUGUGUGUAAAUUGUACAGUAAAUGUGUGUCAGCAUGACUUAUUAGGCAUUGUUUUUAAAAUCCUGCACAGUGGCACUGAAAUCCACUCUUCCUUGUAAGCUCGCAAUAUGAGAUAUAAGUGAGAAUAUGUUAUUUAAGUAAAAUGUUGUCUUUCUUUAAAAA